AUGGUCUCUGAUUAUCUUACUCUUCUUUUUCUCCUUCUACGUCACUUGCCCUCGCUCGUCCUAACGGCCUCGACCCGCAAAAUCAAAGCUAUAGUCCACCGUUACACCUACAAAUCCCUGCCAUCAACGCGAACUAAGAACGUGGUCGUAGUCGGCGGUUCCUUCGCCGGAUAUUAUACAGCAAAGCACCUGACUGAAAUACUGCCCACUGGACAUCGAGUUGUUCUCAUCGAGAAAAAUUCCCAUUUCAAUUAUGUGUUUGCCUUUCCCAGGUUUAGCGUGAUCAGCGGGUACGAGAAAUUCGCUUUCAUCCCAUAUGGAGGUUUAGAAAAGGGAGCACCGAAAGGCAUAUUUGAGUUUGUACAGGGAAAGAUUGAUAAAGUGGAUGAGCGCAUCAUCAGACUCGAGGAUGGAAAGAAAUUGGAAUAUGAAUACCUGGUAAUUGCCACUGGCACGUCAUCGGCACUUCCCAGUAAGGUUACGGCAACGGAAAGUCUUGAUGCGCAGCGAGAGUUGAGAAGUUUGCAGAGUAAAAUUGAAAAGGCGGCACGAAUCGCGGUUGUUGGUGGAGGCGCAGUAGGUGUCGAGCUUGCAAGCGAUAUUAAGGACUUUCAUGCAGAGAAAAGUGUUGUGUUGUUGCAUUCAAGAGAUAGACUACUCCCAAGCUUUGGAGAACGGCUACAUCAGUACGUAAUGAAAAGGCUUGGUGAAAUGGGCGUCGAGGUCUGGCUCAAUGAACGGCCACAAAUUUUGGAGGGAAGUCAGACCCUCAAGUUAACAUCAGGCGAAGAAGAGACCUUUGAUCUCGUUAUCGCCGAUGAGCAUUUUCCGAACAUCUUCGCCGUUGGCGACGUUGCGGCUACUGGUGGACCAAAGAUGGCACGAGCGGGCUAUAUGCAGACCUUCGUUGUUGCUGACAAUAUCGUAUCCCUAAUUAAGGGGAAAAACAACAUGAAGGUCUACAAGCCAAUGCAAUGGUUAGAAGGCUCGAUCAAAUUAACAUUAGGAAAGGUAAGCAUCACUGAUGGUCUGUAUAGUUGA